UCACAUUUUUGGUAUAAAAGGCAGGAAUGGAGUAAACAUACUGUCCUAUGAGAAGCUAACAUCACAUUACAAGUGCUUGGACAUUGGAAAAUACUUCAAGGAAAGAGAAAAGAUGAAUACCUGCAUUAGCAUAUUAUUGACAGUUCUUGUUGCUAUGGUAACAAUACAGACAAACAGAGUUCAAGGUCAAAGUUAUCACUUUAGCAAUGGAUGGAAUCCAGGAAAAAGGGCAAUGCAAGAACCAGUAUGCCAUUUUAGACAAGAAGUUAAAACAAUAAUUUUUAAACUUAUUGAGGAUGAAGUAUACAGGAUGUUGUCUGACACCAGUUGUAUGGGUGGUGUACCAACACUCAGAAAUCUGCUGAAGAAGGACCUUGCCUACACAGUACCACUUGAUGAGAAAAAAUAAAACAAUUAAAUACGAUACAUCAUUAAUUUACUUGUUGUUACCGUGCAUAUCAAUGCCAAUUACUAUGUGAUAUAUGGACAAACAACAUCAACACUAACUGAGAUGUGAUACAUAAGUAAACCAUCAGGAUAAUGUGAUGUAUCAACACCAACCAACAUGUGAUAAUAAUCAUCAAUAAACAUGUGCUAUUACCGUCAAACUGGAAAGGAACAUUUCAAAUACAAGACACUGAAAAAUAUUGUACUGCUUACGUUCCUCAAUUGUUACUGCAUUUAACUUCUGUUACAAGAUGAUGACGAUUUUAUGAAUAGUUUUUACUAUAAGUUUAAGAGAACAUAAUUUUAUAAGAUUUGGAUAAUUAUGUUUGUGGAUCAUUUACAAUGAAGAAAUAAUUGUUUUAUUUUCCAAAUAUUCUAUAACUGAUUUUUUAAAUUAUAAUCAUGAAUUUCUUUUUACAUACUGGAUAGUACUGGUAAUGGAAUUAGACAUCAUUCUUACAAAAUUACAAAUGCUUGACACAAGACACAUACUUCUUAACUGUCAAGAAGUUUAAAAGUUACUUAGAAACUUAGUAUAUUAAAUUCAUUUUAAAGAAGAUUUUCUAUUGAAACUUCACCCAUUUUGGUCCAAACAAGUUACAAAAAAGGCAAAAAUAAAACUCCAUUUUAAUGGCAUGAAACCUCUCAGCUACUGAGAAGAAUAUAAUGUAAAUACAGUAAACUCCGCUUGUAACAAUAUUCAGGGGACAGUAGAAUUCAUAUCGUUACAUCGGGUUAUCAUUACACCCAUAGUUGAGUUCGGCAUUGGCCGAAACCAAAAUCAGAUAAGUGCUUGAUUAAAGAGAUGUGCAACUCAUAAUAUAGAAUACAUUCUGUAUACGAUUUACUUACAUACUUAACUUACUAGUCAAAUAUGUACUUCAUUUUCAUCAAAGGUUAUGAAAAUUUAUUGAUAAUUACGAAAUAAUAUAAAUACAUUACAAAAGGAAUGUCACAUAAAUAUACUAUAACAUUGCAUUUAAUUUCAUUGUAAUAGCAAAAUGUACAUUCAUUUGUUUGAGGAUGUGUGAAACAUUCAACAUUCAUAAACGUCAGUACAAUCUGUACACAAAACUUUUAUUUCACUUUGCAUUAACUCGCUAUAAUAAAAUCAGUGAUUUUUGUUUGUUUCUUUAAGGCAUGCGAAUUUAUUUCAAACUUUUCAAGCUCAUUUAUACAGCAGAACAUAUUAUCAAUAUUGUCACUGGAACUGGCCAUUACAAACUGCCUACAAACUUCAACUGCAUUUUUAAAUUCUGAUAACGAGGGUGGCUGAGGGACUGUUCCGUUUCAGAGUCACAAUCAUUGUCAAUUUCGUCAGUGUUAGUAAGUUUCAUAUGCUUUUAUGACAGCAUACAGGUUUUUUAAUAUUGUGCUAAGUGUGAUUUGCUUAAUUCCAAAAUCAGCCACAAUAUCUUGCUUUUUUCGAAGUCCCUUAUUAACUUCAUAGAUGAUUUUGUACUCAGCAAAAAGCAUCUAGCUGUAAAUGUGUGAAAAUUACUUUCAAUUCAUUGAAUUGUUAGUGCGAUAAUUUGUUUGAUUACCCCUAAUCAUCUCAGCGCCGGUCACACUUUCUCGCAAACCAUAAUUAUCUCAUUAAACAGGAAAACAAUGCAUUGGGGACCUGAAAAGCACAUUGUUACAUCCGAAAAAUAUAGGUUCAUCUGGAGUCAAAGUAAAGGAAAUAUAGAAGGCCCGAGUCGGGACUGCAACCACAGCAUUGUUACAAGCGGUAUAUCAGAACAAGCGAUAUCGUUAUAAGCGGAGUUUACUCUAUAUAUUUUGGCAAAAACUCAAAAUAAUAGGGAUAUAAUUGCAACUGUACAAGAACAAUACAUGAUAAUCUUUAUGAUUAGAGAAAUUUCUACAGCAGUCACUUACAAUGAUGUAUGUUCUGUUUUGUUACGCGAGAAAAAAAAUGAUGGUAAUAUCUAUUGUGGGGGCUUUGAAUCAAACAGUAACUAAGAAUUUUAAAUUCUACAUUAAUUUUUUUGAUCUUGUAUCUGUAUAUAUAAUUUUACAUAAGAAAACAAAAUAUCUAACUUUUAACUCAUAUAUUAAUAAAGAUAUCAACCUUCAAAACGAAUACAAUGUGCUUUGUUGUGUAUACUGUCAUGUCCGAUAGUACCUUAGCUACAAAAACAGAAUAAAGUUGGCAAACCAAUAAAAUUAAUAUUUAUGUACCAAUAUAUUUUGUAUGGGAGGAUAAAGUUAUGGACUGAUACUUUAAGUCUGACCAUGAGACGGCCACUGCAACUAUCUCCACUCCCCUCUUCAAGGCAAUGUUAAUAUCAUGAAAAAGUCAUUUAAGCUGAAACUUCUAAACAUCUUUAGAA